UAGUUAGAAUAGUUUUUUACUCUGAUAUGAUAUAACUAACACAAACAAAGACUGUUCAGAUUUCUCGCCAAACAAUGGAGAACGUAAAUCAAACUGACGAUGCGAAGACCAUUCAGUUAUUAAGUAAAGGUAUAAUGGAGCUGUAUGAACCGCCGUUGGCCACCAUAAAUACCCAUUUAAAGGAACUAACGGAAAGACAGGAAGCAGUGCACAGCAUGCUGUCUUCAGAGCGGAGGCGGCUGGAAGACUUGCAGAAUGAUGCCAUGGUUGAUGCACUUCUGGCGGACAUAGCGACGAACAGGGAGCGGCUGGUGACCAUCUCCAACUCCAUGCUGGGGCUGCACAAGAGAGUCCACUCACUACAGGCGCGGGCGGCUGCCGUGGAGAAAGUUGCUAAAAGUCGAGCGGUGAGCCAAAACAAACCGGUCGGCAGUUAGUAGCAGAUACACACCCGACAUAAAUAAUACUUAAAACAUGCGGACCAUAGGAACAUUCCUAUACCUAUAUUUAGAGGCUAGAAAAGAUGGAAAAACCUAGAAUAGGUGGCGAUUCAGACUUUUAUGUUUCAGAAGCAAUCUUAACCAACAUGUGAUCAAAGAAUCAAAUAAUCUCAGCGCCAUCUUUUGGCUUGAAUAUUGUUUAGCACAACAAUGCCAUCUUUUGAUAUUUAUGAGUACUAGCUUGAUCAGUGCUCAGUUGGUAUAGCAGAAAGUUACUUCUAGAAGAAAUGAUAGGCUAAAUCGAGAAGAGAUAUGCCGGAGAUGGCACCUGCGAACCCUAGCCCUAAGAUUAGGAUGAACGCCAUCAGAGAAGCAGAGAAAACAAAGAAAGCUGUUGGCGUCAUCCGGCAAGCACUAUAUUCAACCAAUCACAACAAGGAUACUACACGGCUGAUCUUCAUCGAGGGAACAAGCAAGAAUUGUAAUCAACAUGUCAACAUAAGCUGUGUGUCGCUGCCAUCGAUAUGAUAAUGUCAGCAAAGCGGAAGACAUAUUUUAUAAGGUAUGUCUAGAAAGAACUAGAAUUUUUGACACGCUUACUGUGGUUGGGAUUCAUUUGAUCCCUUAUAUGUAUGGGAAAUAUUGUUGAUGAGUUAAGCUAAUUGCCUCGGCAAACGUGUCAAAGUAAUACAAUAGUACAUUGUGCACCAUGGGGCGUAAGUUAAAUAUUGCAAACGAGAGUACGAGUAAGUUAAAUCGCGACGACUUGCCGGGGCGAUCCAUAGACUCGAGUUUGCAAUAUUAUUACGCCCCGAGUUACACACAAUGUUUUUCAUCACACUUGCGAUACAAAAAUGAAGUAUAAAGACAAAAAACUGUUAAUUAUUAAACUUCAUUACUCCGUAGGGAAAACGCUUUUUCUAUUACUCCCGCUAAGCCUGCGUGCAAUUCCACAUUUACUGAGCGAGUGUGAUGAAAUCAUUAUUUAAAGCAGUGGCAUUUAAAAUGCCCAAAAUGUAAAUAUGUGUAGACCACAUAGAUGCUAUAUUAUGUGUUGGGUGCUUCCAAAUGAUGUACAGGUCUCAGGAUCA